CUCGGAGUCUCACACGUAAAAAAGCGUCUUGUUCCAUCCGAAGCUCCAUCUGCAGCUCCAAAUGUGACCAAGACUUUUGCGACUUCCUACUCCAUCACUAUCAAUUGGGAGUUCUUGGUGCCUUGUGAACAUAUCAAUGAAGAUAUUAUUACUGGCUACUCAGUGAGAUAUAGAGAGAUGGGGAACAACAUGGCAGACACGACUGUGCUGAAUAUUACUGGAGCCAGUGUAACUGAGGCUACCAUCUCUAACCUGAACUUGUCUACUAACUACUCAAUUCAAGUUGCAGCAGUCAACGGUGCUGGUACUGGAGUGUUCAGUAAUGCCGCUCUC